GCAGUAAGGUGGGUACUUUAUCUACCCGCCUUAUCAAUUUUGAAUCCUAUUUUGAGUUAAAUCCUUAAAGUAAUUUAGUUUUAACAUAUUAUUUUCAUCUGCAAAUGGGCUGUGCUGGCAGCAUAAAAAAGGUACAUUUCUCACCGCAAGAGUCCACCAUGAGCUUCAAGGGCAAGGUGGUGAUCGUGACGGGCGCGUCAUCAGGCAUCGGCGCCGCCACCGCGCGCCAGCUGGCUACUGCUGGAGCAGACCUGGUGGCCGUGGGCCGCAACCAGAACCACCUCAACCAGGUCGCCAUGGACUGCGCGACCCUCGGCAAGAUGCCCCUCCUCGUCGUCGCUGACCUCACCAAAAAGGACGACGUCAAACGCGUCAUCGACAACACCAUCAAUCAAUACGGGAAACUUGAUGUGCUCAUAAACUGCGCUGGCUUCGGAUCCCUCGCCUACUUCGACACUGAAGACGCUAUGAAAGACUUCGACCGCACCAUGGAUUUAAACCUUCGCGCUGUCGUCAACUUGACCCACGCCGCUGAACCCCAUCUAGCGGCGACUAAAGGCAACGUGGUGAACGUGUCUAGCGUGGCUGCUAUUAACAACAUGGCCGCUGAAUGGCCGAACCUAUGGUCCUACUGCGUGGCCAAGGCUGGGGUAGACCAGUUCACUAGAUGCAUCGCUUGGGUGCUCGCGCCGAAAGAGAUACGGGUUAACAGCGUCAACCCAGGGCCUGUCAGGACAAGGUUUUUGGAGAAUGUCGGCUGUAAGGACAUCGAGCAGCAGUGCUUGGAGAAGCUGGCUGGCCACACGGUGCUGAACAGAGUGUCAGAGGCUGAGGAGGUGGCUGAUGUCAUAGUGUUUCUGGCCAGUGACAAAGCCAAGGGUGUGACUGGCGCCAGCUGGUUGGUCGAUAACGGAUAUGAUCUGUGUUGAUCUGCUGAUUGGCAUAUAUAAAGAUAAUCUCUGCUUUUCACAUUGUUAAAAUGUAGUUUCUAGAUUAAAACAGAUUUUGUUCAGUAA